GGUCAACAGCAGUAGCGGCAGGAGUUCCAUGCCGGGCAGCUGGUGAUCGUCGCUUUCCCGAGCGCAUCGCUUCCCAACCGUAAUCAGCUGUUGUUAAAGAUGUCGGGAUACCUUUACGAGAAAGCACUUAUCACACUUCUGCUACUUUGGCUGAUGAGUCAAGCGUGUAGUAGCUCCAAGAUUCUGGUGGUGUGCCCGACGCCAUCCAUCAGCCACCAGAAGCCUUUCCACAUUUUAACCAAAGCUCUGCUCCAGAGAGGUCACAAGGUCACGUUUUUCACCGCCAACCCACUCAAGAUUUCUCACGAAAACCUGACGGAAAUUGACUUAUCCGUUGCAUACAAUAUCAUCGGUGAGUUGGAUUUCGUGAAAAUGGCAUCGCAGUCACCUGCAGAGAGUAUUUCGUUUAUUCGAUCUGCUUCAAGAACUAUGGUUCCUUGGCAACUUAAUGAACCUGCAGUGCAAGAUUUCCUCAAGAGGAACCACACAUUCGACGUGAUGAUUAUGGAGCGGAUUUUGUACCAGGGCUACUACGGGUUGGCCCACAGGGUCGGCUCCCCACCUCUCGUCGGGAUGGUGACGCUGGCAGCCUUUUCGCCUCUGUAUUACGCCAUGGGGAAUCCCAUGAACCCAGCGUACGCACCCGACGUCUGGCUGGGAUUCUCGGACCACAUGACCUUCUGGGAACGGGUGUACAAUGUGUUUUUCUACCUGAGAUGUUAUUACCUGUGGUUCUGGGAAACAUUUCCAGAGCAGGACGCCAUCAUGAGACAAUACUUCGGUCCUGACCUUCCAUCGGUGUAUGAGACGGAUCGCAACUUCAGCCUCCUUAUCGUCAACAGCCAUUUCUCUAUGGAGUACCCUCGUCCGCACCUGCCUAGCAUCAUAGAGGUCACUGGUGUACAUGUAGAGACGCAGGCCAAGCCACUGCCAAAGCGCAUUCAAGAGUUUAUGGAUGGGGCAGCGAAUGGAGUGAUCUACCUAAGCCUCGGAUCCAACGUGAAGAGCAAUGCCUUGCCGUGGGAGAAAGUCCAGGCCUUCCUGGAUGCGUUUCGUGAGCUCCCACAGCGAGUCCUCUGGAAGUGGGAGAACGACUCGUUGCCUGGACAACCAGACAAUGUGAUGAUCAGCAAGUGGCUGCCGCAGCAGGAUGUUCUCGCUCACCCGAAGUUGGUCCUCUUCAUCACGCAAGGAGGUCUUCAGAGUAUGAAUGAAGCCACGUACCAUGCUGUCCCGUUUCUCGUCAUCCCGUUCUUCUCCGAUCAGGAUCACAACGCUGCCAAGAUACAGCAGGCGGGGAUAGGGUUAUGGCUGAAAUACAGUGACGUCACCAAGGACACGGUGCUGCACGGUAUACGUGCUGUUUUAGGAGAUACAAAGUACAGAGAGAACAUGAGGAGGCUCUCGUCGAUAUUCCGCGAGCACCAGGCGGACUCUUUGGAGCGCGCCGUGUGGUGGGUGGAGUACGUGAUACGUCACAAGGGGGCCCCGCACAUGCGCAGUGCUGCCCUCGACCUGCACUGGUGGCAGCUGCUGCUGCUCGACGUCGUCGCCUUCCUGCUGCUGGCAGCGGCUGCGGUUGCUGGUGCCAUGUUUUGUCUCGCGCGACGACUGUUCAUCAUAGCAAGGCCGAAGGAGAAGAAACAUUAACGCUCCAUUUGUGGAUAGACCUUGUGGAGACCAAACUUUCCACGUUCAGCUGCCUGUAGGAACUGGGAAGUACGGUUAUAACAAUAUCGUUUGUGUUGUUACAUCUGUGCUCGCUUUUGAAAUCAUUUCUCAGUAUGAAGAAUCGCGCUCUGAUUUGGUAGGCCCUCUGAUCUGGCAGCUGGUCUGCACAAGAGUGCGUCUGUCUUAUGGAACAAGUGACGUUGUGAUAACAUAUUGUUGUGACGCAGUCUGGUGAUAACCGCCUCAUAUUGUGUAACACUCAUUAGUGAACAUUCCAUUAAUAAGGUCAUGAUUCAUCGAGAAAAAGUUCCAAUAGUUAUUGUAAUAACGAUAUAUGGAGCUAAUAUUUCCUAUAGUUGUGAUGUAGUACCAAUGUAAACCAAGUCCACCAUUAACAGCGGCGUAGAGGUUGUGAACAAGUCAUACUCAGUGUAACAUCUGACACUUUCUGGUAUCAUACAGAGUUACAAUAUUCCAUAACAAUGGGGCGUUAUUGUGGGAAGAAGGUGAAAGACAAAUGAAAAUUAUACUAAACACUUUGUUGAUGACGCCAUUAAAACAGAACUAUGAGUAAAGGAAUGGAAAUAAGCAGUAUAUUUUACAAUAGAGAUAUCACUGGAUUUUACUUAACCACUUUGAGGAAACUACGGAAAAUGCUGCUGUUUUUACUAUAUUAUAAAUACUCGUAUUAACUUGUAAAUAUUAUAUUAAGUUUCCAUUUCUCUGGAAUACGAGGAUAGUACCUUAAGCCACUGCACUCUCUUGAGCGAUGUCAACCCAUCGAGCUCAUGAUACUGUGACAGAUUUCUACCAUAAAAGAGCUGUCAUACGUUGCAACAAUAAUGAAUUCAAUUUCCAAUAUCACAAGGGCUGAACGCCAAAGUGUUUUCUUAAACAAGAACAUGGCUGGUAUCCUUAUGCUUCCUUAUUCAAUUUGACGCUGUGCUUUAUCUGUGAUGUUUCUGUUGUCGACACGACGUUUAAUUGUUUCCUUAUUUUGUUUUAUACAGUUUGUAUGUCCACUUUAUAUUUACAGCAAUCCAUUACAACAGGGUAAUGUUUAAUGCUCGACAUCUGAUAGUAAAAAAAUGAAGAAGAAGGAGAAGAAGAAGAAGAGAAAAGGAAUAACAGGGUGAUACAGAAGUUUAAGCAUAGAACAAACAAAGAAAUUAGAUCAAUUUGAUAGUUAAAUCCAAUAUUUCGCCCACUAAAGAGCUUUCUUCUUUUCUACAGCUUUUAUUCCCUCUUCGAUGGGGUCCACUUGCUCAGGAUUUGUUAAAUUUUUAUUUUAUUACCAAACUUUGUUUCUAGAUGCUCUUCCUGACUCCACAGUCCUCAAGGCGACCAAAUAGACGGAAAUCGUGUAAGCCGUCUGUGAUCCGCGUAAAUUUUGUUCUUUGUAUUUAUGUGAUGCAAUUAUAUUUUGUCGGAGACUUACUGAGUCCCAACUUUGUCUUAGACAAGGAUACAAACUGAACUAACGAAUUAAAAUAUUUUUUACCAUA